UUGACGUCGUCGCUAGAUGGUGUCGCGCACGCGAAGAAAAAAAAGAGAAAAGUAGCGGCUGACGUAGUUCCAAAAUGUCGUCCGAUCGCAACGUCUGCGUUGGUUCUCGGGUGUCGGAUCGUCAAAAGGAGCUUCUGCUGGCUUUUGUGAAAGAGCACCCACAGAUCGCGACGCUGUCGUGCCCGCUGGAGCCGUCGUUCACGAGGGAGGACCGGGACGACAUGUGGCAGGAGCUAGUAGCGCUUUUGAACGAAGAAGUCCCUGCGCGUAACACCAGGGCCCAGUGGCAGGCCCGAUGGAGGAAUGAGCGCUACUAUUCGCAGCAGGGUCUUGCCAAACUCCGAGGGCAGCAGAGCGGCACCCGAGGCGGCCAGAUUUCGGAUUACCGCGGCCGCGUCGUGCUUGACAGGGACGAGUGUGCGAGGCCCAUAGUUCGGGUGGUCUGAAUCGGUAAGCACUGGCUUAGAAUAUCAUUGUUACUUGUAUGCUGCGAACAAGUGGGCUCGUUUGCUUCGAGCCAUUACGCGCUGUUAGUUUUACUUUUUCAAACAAUAUCGAGUGGAUCACCCGGCCGCCGCGUUAGCUGAGGUGCUAACACGUUGCGCCGCCCAGAACAGAAUGCGAAACAGCCACAUUUGCGGUGAUGACGAAAGAACAGCCGCGAACUAUAUUUCGAAGCUCAUUAGAGCACCCUACGUGUUCCAACCCAUUUCUCAGACCCUCGAGUCGAGUGAGGUGCGUAGCCAGUAGGCUUGCCUCCCUCCACCCCUCUCUCCGAAGUCUAUGUGUCAUAGCAUGCCGCUGUUGAAACAUUCUAAAAAAACAUUGCUAUUGUCCACUU